UUUUUUUAAAUUAAACAUAAUAUCGGGACUGAGUCUGAAACUGAGUUUGUUCAUCGUCGUCUUCCGAGUGCGAAGCAGCAACUGUUUGCUGAAUUGUUCAACGAUUCCAUCGAAUGCACGAGCAAUGAAUUAUGAGUUAUUAUUGUUAAAGAUUGAAACCUAGAAAUCUCUGUUUUAGAGAUUUGAUGGCGGGAACGGGAUUCGGUGGCGCAAUAGCACCGACGCCACUGGUUAGAUCAUGGAGAACCGCCUUUUUAACACUGAGAGACGAAACCCUAACGAAUCCUCCUCGCAGUUCCACCGCUCAACUGCUCCACAAUCUCGUUUUCUCUCAUUCUCAUACUCUGCUAAGUGCAGCACCCGAACUUUCUUCUCGCGAGGUUUUAUCGGACACAUUGUUUUUGAUGGAAUUGGUUGCUUCUACUUCUUCAGAUUCAGAAGAAGACUGUAUUCAUAUCUAUACUCAAACAUCACGCUUGGUUCAUGAUAUAUGUCGACAAGUUAAGUUCGACAUAAAUAGCUCCUCUUUUGGUAGUGUUCUUGGUUCGUUCGGGAAGUUGCUGGAUCGUUUUCUUGGAAUAGAUGCUACUGGCGAUAAGUUAACUGGAAUUUGCAGAGCUGCGGCAAUUGUUUCUGCUGUUGAAUGCUUGCAUGCUAUUAGAUGUAUCAUUACUCCACCGAAUCGAAGAUGGUUGCAAUCUGAAGAUACUAUACUAGUUAAAUUUCUACUUCAUGUUAUUGUUAGCUCUCAAGGUGUGUCAUUUUGGAUGCCUCGUUCAGUAUACAAAGAAAGACCAGCUGUGAUUAAUAUGAGUUUUUCCACAGAAAGCAGUUCAAGUGAGCUACAGGCAGUAUCUUUUGAGAUGCUCGGCGAAGCAAUCUCAAGAGCUGGGUCAUCUUUCCCGGUUGAUAUCUGGAGAGCAAUGUUUGAGGUGGUCAGAAAAACAAUGGAUGUCAUGGUAUUAAAAACCUCAGUUGUGGAAGAUAAUGCAAUGUCCAGGUUUUAUGAAUCUUUCCUGAACUGUCUGCAUCUGAUCCUUAUGGAUGCUAAAUGUUCGGUAUCUGAGCAUGUAUCAGUUUUUGUUGCUGUGCUGCGAAUGUUCUUAAAUUACGGACUUUCUGGUAGAACCCCAAGUACUUUGCUAGUUGGCCAUACGAAAAAGAAUCUUAAUUAUGCAAGUCCUAAGGUACACAGGGAUCAACUGAACAAGUCAGAUAAUAGUGUAUAUCGGCCUCCACACUUGCGCAAAAAGGACUGCUCAAAAGUGAAGCCCAAUAGAGCAACAUAUUCUCAAUAUAUCUCUGAUAGUGAAUCUUCUGCUAUCAAUGCUACAUCUUCAGAUUCAGAUUUUAGUGAUGGAGAUGGGUCAGCUAAUGAGAGUGCUAGAGGGAAGUACUCUAGGGUUAGAGUUGCUACUAUAAUUUGUAUGCAGGAUCUUUGUCAAGCUGAUUCUAAAUCUUUCUCCAUGCAAUGGUCGUUGCUUUUGCCAACCAGUGAUGUACUACAACCAAGGAUGCGUGAUGCAACUUUAAUGACUUGCCUGCUAUUUGAUCCUUGUUUGAAGGCACGUAUGGCAUCUGCGUCAACACUAGCAGCCAUGUUGGAUGGUCCAUCUUCCAUUUUUCUGCAAGCAGCAGAAUACAAAGAAUCUAGCAAAGUUGGAUCUUUUACCGCACUUUCAAGCUCCCUAGGGCAAAUUUUACUGGAAAUUCAUAAAGGUAUUCUUUACUUAAUACAAAAUGAAGCUCAUGGUAAAUUGCUGGCAUUGUUGUUCAAAAUUAUCAAGCUUUUGAUAUUACAUACACCAUAUUCGAGAAUGCCACCAAAUUUGUUGCCUACUGUUAUUACAUCUCUUAGGACAAGGAUUGAAGAAGGGUUUCGGUUCAAAAGUGACCGGAAUAAUCUGCUGCAGGAUGCUGCAGUUGGUUGUUUGACGUUAGCCCUGUCUACCUCACCAUCCUCUGCCCAAGUAAAGAAGUUGCUCUACGAUGAGGUUUCCUCAGGUUAUCUCGAGAAUGAAAAGAAGUCGGGUGUUCUUUCUUUGUUAUUUGAAUAUUCAUCGCAAGGAAGUUGCCCAAGCAUAUGCCUUGAAGCCCUUCAGGGACUUAAAGCUGUAUCCCACAAUUACCCUAGCAUAGUGACUACAUGUUGGGAACAAGUUUCUUCAACUGUAUAUAGUUUCCUCAGUAUUGUAUGUCCUGAAGUUCCUUCAAAGCAGUCAACUGAACAUGUUGGGAGUACACCAAUGUCUAUUAACGAAAAAAUUCUUAUUGGUGCUAUAAAGGUUCUAGACGAGUGUCUUCGUGCUGUGUCUGGAUUUCAAGGAACGGAAGAUCUUUCAGAUGAUAAAGUUGUGGAUGUUCCUUUUACAUCAGACUGCGUUAGGAUGAAGAAAGUGUCAUCUGCUCCAUCUUAUGAACUAGAGUGCAAAGAGGAUGUAGUUAACUCUGAAGAAUGUGAAUCUGGAGUCAAGCAAUGGUGUGAGGCAAUGGAGAAGCAUAUGCCUCUUAUCUUAUGUCACUCCUCUGCAAUGGCGAGGGCCGCGUCAAUUACAUGUUUUGCGGGAAUGACUUCGUCUGUGUUCAUCUCUUUCACAGAGGAUAAGCAGAACUUCAUUUUGUCUUCUUUAGUCCACACUGCUGUUCAUGAUAAUGCAUCGUCAGUGAGGUCUGCUGCCUGUCGAGCCAUUGGUGUCAUUUCAUGUUUUCCACAAGUGUGUCAGAGUGCAGAGGUACUUGACAAGUUUAUUCAUGCUAUUGAGAUAAACACUCGAGAUGCCCUAAUCUCUGUUAGGAUAACGGCUUCAUGGGCAUUGGCAAAUAUAUGUGAUGCCAUUCGUCACUGUGUUAGAAUUCUUCAUUUUGGACAGAUGGAUUCAAACACCAACCCCCAGUUUAUUAUAUCAUUGAGCGAAUGUGCUUUGCGGCUUACAGAGGAUGGGGAUAAGGUUAAAUCUAAUGCUGUGAGGGCUCUUGGGUAUAUUUCACAAAUCUUCAAUUGUUCAACGCCAAGAUCUCAAGAUACGUGUAAGCGGCAUUGCCUAUUGGAUUCCCUUGAAGAUUUUCAUAGGCUGGAGAAAAUAGUUCAGGCAUUCAUUUCCUGCAUUACUACUGGGAAUGUUAAGGUCCAGUGGAAUGCUUGUCAUGCUCUAGGAAACCUAUUCUUGAAUGAGACAUUAAGACUGCAGGACAUGAGUUGGGCACCGGUUGUGUUCGGCAUUCUUCUGCAGCUAUUGCAUAAUUCAUCUAAUUUUAAGACCAGGAUACAAGCUGCUGCAGCAUUGGCUGUGCCUUCGUCGGUGCAAGAUUAUGGUAGAUCCUUCUCAGAUAUUGUGCGAUCCAUAGAGCAUAUAAUGGAGAAUAUAGAUCAGGACUCAAUUUCAGGCCCUUCGAAUUUCAAGUAUAGGGUUUCAUUACAAAAACAGCUUACCUUGACGCUGUUACACGUUCUACGCUUUACCUCAAGUACAAAUGAUCAAUUGUUGAAAGAUUUUCUAGUGAAGAAAGCUUCCAUCCUUGAAGAUUGGCUCAAGGAACUUUGCUCAUCUGUUGGGGGCACGGUUGAUGUUCAAGAUAAAUCCAUUGCAGACCGAAAGAAAGUAAUGAUAUCAAGCGCAAUACAAUCAUUGAUAGAAGUAUACAAAGAAAAACAACAGUAUGCAAUUGCUCAAAAGUUUGUGGAAUUAAACAACAACAUAUGAAAAGAGGGUUCAUGUAAUGAUUUGUUUUCUAGGCCAACCGGUCAAAAUUAUACCAUUCUAGCUGGUGGAAUUAACUGGCCUCGGGAGCUGAGCAAAGGCUAUCUUGGCAAUAGAUCAAGUCCAGUUGAGAUGAUUUAUUUGAUAAAGCAAUGAAUGGAUGGGUUGAGUAUAUCAAUGCUAAAAGAGUUUUUUAUUUUUUUUCAACAAGAGGAUCUUUUUGUAUCUAGAUAUUUCUCGUUGUAAUGGUAACACUGUUCUGGAUCUUUUUAACAGAUUUCCGGAACAAACUGUUUGUUUUGACAAAAUAGAUUAUAUUUGUUACUAUGUUUGGCCAA